AUGAGCAAUAAGGUGCCCUACGACGAUACCGCCCGCAUGGAAAAAGUCGUAUCUUAUGUGGCAGAUGAUAUAGAUACUGCACCUUUAUUGUUGCACAUAGGACAGCCAGAAGAACUUCGCAUGACACCACCUGCUUUUCGCCACUUCCUCAUCAGUAAAGCCAGAGAAAAGCCUAUGCGUAUCGUUUUGCCUGAAGGCAGCGAGCCUCGUACCAUUGCAGCUGCACAAGCAUGUCAUGAAAAAAAGAUUGCAAAGUGUGUUCUGCUUGGCAAUCGCCAAGAGAUAUUAGAUGCUGCUUAUGCACAAAAUAUAACCCUAGCGCCAGAUAUUGAAAUUGUGAAUCCUGAAAUAGUCGCUGCCAAAUACAUCAACCCUUUGGUACAAGUACGCAAAAACAAGGGUAUGACUCCCUUGCUGGCACAAAAUGAACUUGAGGAUAAUGUGAUGUUGGGUACACUCAUGUUAUAUCUAGGAGAAGUUGACGGUUUGGUCUCUGGUGCCAUACACACCACUGCCAAUACUGUCCGCCCUGCCAUGCAAGUAAUUAAAACAGCACCUGGUUGCGCUUUGGUGUCCUCUGCUUUCUUUAUGCUCAUGCCUGAUCAAGUUUUGGUCUAUGCAGACUGCGCCAUCAACCCUGAGCCCAAUGCCGAACAAUUGGCAGACAUUGCUAUACAAACAGCCGAUUCAGCGCUCCAAUUUGGCAUUUUCCCUCGGGUUGCCAUGAUUUCAUACUCUACUGGAGAUUCAGGCUCGGGAGAAGAGGUAGACAAAGUGCGUGCUGCCACUGCUUUGGUGCGCAGUAAAAGACCAGACAUAUUGGUCGAUGGACCCAUGCAAUACGACGCUGCCAGUGUAGAGAGCGUAGGAAAGCAAAAGGCUCCAGAUAGCCCAGUUGCUGGGCGCGCCACGGUAUUUAUAUUUCCCGACCUUAAUACUGGCAACACCACCUACAAAGCUGUACAACGCUCGGCCAAUGUAGUCUCGGUUGGCCCCAUGCUGCAAGGACUGCGUAAACCAGUAAACGACCUAUCUCGCGGCGCAUCGGUUGAAGAUAUCGUCUACACCAUUGCCCUGACAGCCAUCCAAGCGCAAAAGCUUAAUGACAGUACA